AUGAGCCAAUUUACGCAGUUGCCAGCCGAACUCCAAAUCCAAAUCUUCGACUACCUUCACGCUGCCGACGUCAAAUCCGCGAGAGCUGUGAGUAGAACAUACCAAGCGCUGGGCGCCUUCCAAAACGUAUCACUACACUCGAUAUACUCAGGCUAUGUAAGAGAGAUCAUCUUCGAUGGAACACUGUACGAUGGGCAUCUCGCGAAAGACCAUCGCAACUAUUCUCGAGCCGAAGAAGUUAGCGGCAAAUUCCAAUCAGGAUCCUUCUACGCAAUGCGAACCAGGUGGAAAAGAUACCAAGAGCUUCACAAGGAGCAAGAGAGCAUGAAGGAGGAUGGCGUCUUGUUACAAUCAUGCGCACGAGGCCUUGAGAACAUGCAGAACAUCUCGUCCAUCGUUUACUCGCCAUAUCAACACACCAUCCCUAUGGAGGUCAAGACACUGCGCGAUUUGCUACCAAGAGGAGCUCUUCCGGGCGCGCUCACCGACAACCGUACCACUGACUCGGAUCAUCCCUUCCGCCAACUUAUUGGUGCCGUCUUUCUGUCGGAGUAUACCGGAAUUCGGCAGCUCACCAUCGAAGCACCUCGCGAAGGCCAUCCUCGCACUGAGCUCUCUUUGAAUAUGUUCAGUUUCCCAGACGCCAACGACCUGAACGCCGGCAAACAUCUUUUCCGAAACUUGGUUAAGCUAGACAUAAGUUUGUCUAUUCUCAACAUACCGAGUCAGAUGAUACAUACUAUGACUGUGGUUGACCCUCCUGAACGACAGCUCGAGAACCUGGCCAAACUCCUCGAGGCUGCUCAAGAGCUGAGGCACCUUUCCUUUGGCAUACUGAACUGGAGGUAUCUUGACGAGCUGAUGUGGGGUGGGGGCAACAUUCCAGAAGGACGCUCUAUCAUAGACUUGAUCGGUCUUGGAGCAACAUGGCCGAAGCUCCGCUCCAUGGAGCUCAAAGGCCUAUACGCUAGGGAGCGCCAUCUGUGUGAACUAAUCAACCGACACAAGGACACACUCAGAACCCUUACCUUCGCAACAACCACUCUAAGCGCAGGUCUGUGGAUCGAAGUCGUGAACGAGGUUAUUUUCAACGCGUCUAUGAUCACAACAUUCGUGUUGGACCGGGUCGAUGAAACCCACAGCGGAUGGAAUCUAACCAGCGCCAACGGGGCUUUAGAAGGAUAUGAAGGCCGGCUGAUAGUGACCGAGGGUGGAGAACGCGAAUUUGUACGCAGCAGUCCUUGA